AUGCAGUCAGCAAGUGGGGGUCGUGGUGGCGCAGGCAGACAGGGACCGAGUGGAGGUAUGACGACAUUUGAGGCGGCCUCCCGAGGUUCUCAUGUCCGGUAUGAAUGGUCGACCGACCGGCCGAUGGACAAUGGAUUUGACGUUGUCCUGCCGUUUGUGAGGAUAAAUCAGGCUAAAAUUAUUAAGAGAUGGAACGAUGCUUUGUUGACUCUUGCUAAAAACACAUGUCUUGGCUCAGCCUCACAUGGCCUAACACUUGUUUUGUCUAGCCCUAUGCCUUAA